AUCUAGGCAUAGAAGCGAAAGAAGCUGAUGUACGUGAAGUGGCAAAGUUAUUGCCUCUUCCUGAACUUUUUUCUUCGAUUGCUUCUAUAAAAGCAGAUUAUGUCCUUCGUUAUCAGCACCAUUGUUGCAGAUCAGGAUGAGCAAGCGCAAGCUGGGAUAGAUGCCUUUUCCUUAUCACAGAAGACAAUAAAUCAGCUCCGUGAAAUUUUUUUGUCCAUUGACAAGUUAUGUCAAGAGUGUCAAACACUAAUUGAUAACCAUGAUCACAUAAAGCUCCUCAGCAAUGCAAGGAACAACUUGAACACACUAAAGGGGAUGAUGUCAAUAUCUGUUGAAGCUGCUGAAGCAAGAGAAUCUUUGAAUGACGAUAAAGAGCUCAUUCACACAUUUGAGAAGUUGAUUGCACUUGAUGGUAAGCGGAGGUUUGCAUUAGCUGCAGCAUCAUCUCACAAGGAAGAAGUUGGCAGGCUAAGAUGUUGUUACAGGGAUAUUGAACGUUUUGAAGAUGUGGAUCGAACAUGGGAAACAGUCGAAAAGACUAUAUGGGGUCAUAUUGCCAACUUCUUUAAACUUGCUAAAGAAAGCAAAGCAGUUAUUCAGUCUGUAACUUUUCUUCAAAGGUGGACAUUAUAUAAAUUGAUUUCUGUCUGCCUUUUGCCCUCAAUUGUUGGUGCGCUAAGGGUGGUUGAAAUGCAAGAGAUUCUUGAUCAGCAGCUAGCUGAGGAAGCAGCUGAAGCUGAGGGAGGUGAAGCAAUGGCGUCAAUUGCAAAUCGUCGAAGAUCUGCAAAGUAUGUGCCUGAGUUAAAUAACUUCUAUGCUAGACAAGAAUCUUUGUUCCAGAUGGAAUUCAGGUUUUGCGAUACUAGAAGUGGUCCAGAUGGAAUUCAGCUUGUCUUUGAGGAUCCUGAAGCUGCUUCGGAGGAAGCUAGAACGGUACCUCAUUUUAGACACUUUAUAGAAGUGCAUUGGUGCUUCGGCUGUUUUAAGGAAGAUGGUGAUUUUUCUUAUAGCAGACUAUGGUCUGCCAGCCUUCAUGUUCACGGUCCAGGUUAUCACCCUGACCCAGUGCCGAAGUUUGUGGAGUUGGCUGUGUUUGGAUUGAUGUUCCACCAUGGAGAACAGAACACCUUCACCAUCCAAGAAUCUUCAGAAGACUUGAGGCGUGUUCAACAGAGCUAUGAUGCAUUUGAUGUCAUGCUUUGGGCAUCGAAGGCAGACACGAGAGGCUCGGAGUGGUUCAGAUUGUGGUCUAGGGUCUCUUACGUUGGCUUUAGGCGGAAGGGAUCCAGAGCUGUGGCUUUGAAUAUGGUAGAGAAGCUGGGGGUUUUGGGCCAUGGGAGAGGUUUCGAGAUUCGGGAGAGGUGGGAUGGGGUGGGUUACUUUUGCUGCUGUCUCCCCAUUGCUACAUUUGGCCUUCCCUUAAUGGAGUAUUCUUGUCAUCUCUUCUCCAUUUGUAUUCUCGCAAUGGUGCAAAUGGUAAAUGCAUGCUCUGACAGAGAGAGAGAGAGAGAGAGAGAGAAGAGAGUGCAGAUUUUGUCUGAUCUACGUGAGUUAGCUUCAGCUGUGAGUCUGGAUUCCUUCACUCUUGUAUCUACUAAUAUUCUCCAAAAUCACCCUGACUGCCCACCUGAAGUCGUUGAAAAGAUUGUUGGAAUGAGGGAAGGCAUACCCCGAAAGGAUGCAAGGGAGGUUGUGGAAGAGUGUAGGGAGACAUAUGAGAAUUCUUUUGUAAAUGGGAACCCUCCCAAACCAGGAUUUGUUUUCGGCAGAGUCAAAUGCCUCUCUUCAAAGGGUUCUCUGUGGAAGAAGCUCUAGUUGAAGUUCUAGUUGCUCUCUCUCUCUCUCUCUCUCUCUCUCUCUCUCUCUCUCUCAUAUCUGCUGUUCUUUUCUAAAAUGCUAUUCUUUCUUGGUGUGAACUAGCUGCUUUCAUGUAAAUUUAGGAUCUCUUUUGAAUCUUGGAAGCAUGUCAUUUGUAAUUUUGCUAUUUUUUGUAUUAAUAUGUAAUUCAUUGCUUAUUAAA